AAUAUGACGCGAGAGAGAGAGAGAGAGAGAGAGAGAGAGAGAGAGAGAAAUCGAUUUUUCGUAUCGCGCCAAUUUCAGUCUAUACAGUCCCGAAUAAAAAGCUCAUUCCCAAAUCCGUCCUCUGUAUUCCCACGUGUUCCCACGCAGAGUCGUAUCGCGACGUCCUAUUUUUUAAACUCUCACUUUCCCCUUUGAUACCCAUCGUUUAUGGCACGGUCGCAGGGACGCAAAUUGCGCGAAUGAGCGCAUUUCUCGGAGCACCGGACAUAACCAAGAGACAGGAUGUCGUUCCUUUUGAAUCCCGCGGAACCUGUCCAUCUGAAUAACGACGAGACAGAAGAUCCAUUUCUUUGUGGAAGUGAUAAUAAUGAUUAUAACUUUAAGUAUGUACCUUCAAAUCGUUUCAAGUACAUAGUAAAAGAUGUACGCAGACAAAGAUGCAAGGAGGAAGAGGAGAACGUAUGGGCAUCUUUCGUCAAGCAACAGGAGCUGAAUAGCUAUGACAAAAAUGACAUUCAGUCAUCCGUUCAGAGUAUCAAACAGCUGUUGGAUGAGGGUAUGAGAGAGGCAGAUAAAGAACUUAAAAAAUUGGAUAUUUUGCCUGACGGAAUGUGGAAAGAAUGUAAAACUGGAAACAAUCAGAAGAGAAAGCCAAAGGUAAAUAAUAUCAGGGAUUCGGCUUCAAAGAAUACGUCGAUUAUGAAAGAUAUCGGGACAGGUAGUACUAAUUUGCUGCUUACGAUUCCUGAGGAAGAUAAUAUUUCUGCUUAUGAAAGGAGGCACGAGUCUGAGGAUUUCAAGUCGUAUGCCAGAAGGUCUCGCUCUGGUCACGUAAUACCGCAAAAGAGGCAGUCUUCGAGGCAGUUGCAUCAUGCGAUCAAUGGCACUGAGUAUAAUUCUAGUCCUGAAAGUAGUGCGCGUCGUGAUGGUGUCGCAGAUGGAGUCAUUUAUAUACGGCCGGAUCCAUUCACCAUGCACAAAAUUCUGACAAUGCAAAGAAAGAUCUGUGAGUUAUUAGACGAAAUCGCGUUCAGACUAAGAAAUAUCUCUGCGCCGGAUGGGAUCAAGGAACUGCAGAAGCGGCAGCAGUGCGUCGCUGAAUUUGUCGUACGAUUCUCAAGGAACUAUCUGUACGAUCUUAAUAGAUACGUCAAGGAUAUCCAAAGGCAUAUGUGCAUUAUCUCGCCGCGCGCAAUAAUAAGGCCAAAUCACAGAAAUUUGGGACUUCAUAUGCACGCCAUCGAGCAUAAACUUCUAGCUGCUCAUCAGCUGUUGCUGCACGCAUUAGUCGCAUAUUGUAAACACAUUCCCAGUUCUAUUCCCAAGGGACAUCCCGGGAAGGUUAAAGAGAUACUGCAAGUAGUUCUUGAUAUGAAGACUAUGUGCGACAGACUUCACUUAAACUAUUUUGACUCUGGGGACACCGAUGUUCUGUCGCUGGGGAAAGAGCUCGAAAUCAAAUGCAAUGCCAUUUUAUCAAAGUUGAAGUUCCAUGCGGAUAAAGACUUCCUUGAUACUAACAAAACUCCGUCAAUGGCAUCUUUUACUCCACAUUCAACAAAUAAGAAGCGACUCAAUCGCAAACAAUUAUCUAAUCGGUUGAGUAUGUAUAGCAUGGAUACCAAAGUUUCCAAAAAUAGUUUUAAACCUAAAACAAAUUAUCAUCAAAAAGAUAAAAAAUAUAAUGCAAUAAAUGUUAAAAAGAUCUCUAAUGAACCAAUAUCGGAUCAGCUAUAUCCUAGUCCUGUAACAUCAUCUAAAGAUGCAAAUCAGACUAGUAUCAGGAAACAUAAAGCAUUCACGAAAGAGGAGGAUAUAAAGACUAUGAUGGAUAUAUUACCUAUAGAGUCAGAUAAUGCUAGUAACUUUGAAAUACAAGAAAGGCACAAUAAUGCAAUGCUUACAAGAAGAAUAUCUAAAGCGCCAAGAAAAUGUUCGGGCAAGUCACAAAAUCAGAAACAAUCAGAAACUAUAGAAAAUAUUGUUAAAAACACUUCCACAAAUAAUGAUAAUGAAUUCAUGAAAAGAGAAACAAUGAUUACAGAUGAACAUUUAUCUAACUUAGUGCCGGUUAUAGCAGACUUCAUGUCUUUUGUUUCUAAUAAGCAAAAUGAAUCAGAGACGAGGCUAGCUUACUCUAAAACUACUUACUCUAAAACUACGGAGGCAUUAAUGCAAUUUCUGAAGAAAUAUCAAUCACUUAAAACUAUGAAUGCGAGUACAAGCUGUGAUGUAUGUUAUUCAGGUAGCAGUGAAUGUGAAUGUCUUAAAACAAACAGAACUUUGACCGAAAUACGGAAAACCGGCGAUAACAUGCAACUGAUUUGUGUGUCGUCAGUAGAAAAUGCAUCAAAAGUUCCACGCUAUUGUGACGCAUCAUGUCAAGCAGAUUGUGAGAGUUUAACGGAAUUCUCGGAUCUUGAAACAAAGGUAAAAGAGGGAAAACUCAUGGCAGACUCGCUGAAUAACAUCAAACUUGUUGUUUUCGAAGAAACAGAAAUAAAUUUUUUAAAAUAUAGGCGUGAAUAUCAGAGAUUGAUGCAAUCAAUACCAAUGUAUUCUAGCAAUACGCAAAAUAAACCAUGGGACAUUGUUGCUUGGAUAUCUGAUAAGCUUGUAGAUGAGUUAAUAAUGGAAAUCGCAAAGGAGUUGCAAAUAGAUGAUGUUAUACAAAAGCUUUUUGAAUUAGAAUUUCAAGAAUUUUAACGGUAAAUGACGCUUCUGUUCUGCCAAACUAUAGAAACAAAAAAAAAAA